AUGUCGGGGCGCACGGCGUGGCGGCGCUGCCCGCGGGGGCUGCGGCGCGGCCGGGGCGCGCUGUGGCCGCUGCUGCUGGCGCUGCUGGCGCUGGCCGGGCUCGCCUCGCUCGUGCGGACGCGGCGCGGCCCCGGGGCGGCCGAGCCCGCAGCCCCGAGCCCUCGGCGCCCCGCCGCCCCGGGCAGAGCCCCGGCCCCCGCCCCGGCCCUGGCGCGGCCGCCGCAGCCCGAGCGCGCGCUGGGCUCCCGGGGCGAGGCGGUGCGGCUGCGGCUGGCGGGCGACGAGCUGCGGCUGCAGGAGGAGAGCGUGCGGCGCCACCAGAUCAACAUCUACCUCAGCGACCGCAUCUCGCUGCACCGCCGCCUGCCCGAGCGCUGGAACCCGUUGUGUAGAGAGCAAAAAUACAAUUACGAAGCCCUGCCUACGACAUCAGUGAUCAUCGCGUUUUAUAAUGAAGCCUGGUCAACCCUCCUUCGGACUGUUUAUAGUGUCCUCGAGACAUCCCCAGACAUCUUGUUGGAAGAGGUCAUCCUGGUGGAUGACUACAGCGAUAGAGAACACCUCAAGGACCGCCUGGAAGCCGAGCUGGCUGGCCUGCCCAAGGUGCGCCUGAUCCGUGCCACCAAGAGGGAGGGCCUAGUACGUGCCCGGCUGCUUGGGGCUUCAGGGGCCAAGGGCGACAUCCUGACCUUCCUGGAUUGCCACUGCGAGUGCCAUGAGGGGUGGCUGGAGCCGCUGCUACAGAGGAUCCAUGAAGAAGAGACGGCAGUCGUGUGCCCCGUGAUCGAUGUGAUUGACUGGAACACCUUUGAGUACCUGGGCAACUCCGGAGAGCCCCAGAUUGGCGGUUUUGACUGGCGGCUGGUGUUCACAUGGCAUGUGGUCCCUGAACGGGAGCGGCAGCGGAUGCGGUCCCCUAUUGAUGUCAUCAGGUCUCCAACAAUGGCUGGUGGGCUGUUUGCUGUGAGUAAGAAAUAUUUUCAGUAUCUGGGGUCUUAUGAUACAGGAAUGGAAGUUUGGGGCGGAGAAAACCUCGAAUUCUCCUUUCGGAUCUGGCAGUGUGGUGGAACCCUAGAGACUCAUCCCUGCUCUCAUGUUGGCCAUGUCUUCCCCAAACAAGCUCCCUAUUCACGCAAAAAGGCUCUGGCUAAUAGCGUCCGUGCAGCUGAAGUGUGGCUGGAUGAGUUCAAAGAUCUAUUCUACCAUCGCAAUCCUCAUGCCCGCCUGGAGUCCUUUGGAGAUGUGACCGAGAGGCGGCAGCUGCGUGAGAAACUCAAGUGUAAGGACUUCAGGUGGUUCCUGGAGAAUGUGUAUCCUGAGCUGCAUGUGCCGGAGGAUAGGCCUGGCUACUUUGGAAUGCUCCAGAACAAAGGACUACAAGGUUUCUGCUUUGACUAUAAUCCUCCUGAUGAAAGCCAGAUUGUGGGACACCAGGUCCUUCUGUAUACCUGUCAUGGCAUGGGACAGAACCAGUUUUUUGAAUAUACAUCCCAGAAGGAGAUUCGCUAUAACACCCACCAACCUGAAGCUUGUGUAGCUGUUCAGGCAGGAGCAGAGAUCUUGGUGAUGGAACUCUGCCAGGAUCUCACCCCUGAGAAUCAUCAGUUUCUCCUGCGGCCGGAUGGAUCUUUGUUUCACGAACAGUCGAAGAAAUGUGUUCAAGCAGAGAAGGCAGCCAGUGACAAGUUCGUUCCACUCUUACGGGACUGCACCCUCUCGAGCAGUCAGCAGUGGUUCUUUAAGGAACGCAUAUUGUGAGUGGGGGGGAUGGGAUACACCAGAAGUGAGGCCCUGACCCCUGGGCCCAGCGAAGAUGAACUGAGCGCAAUAACAGAGUGUCCACUCAGCUGCUCUCCUCCCAAGGAGUCCUGCGGAGAUCACCUGACUUUGGUGGAAGUAGAUUUGGACUUGGUUACAAAAAUGUGAAUCCAUUUGGUACUGGUUUUGAAACAUUUGCCAUUGUUCCCAAAUACCCAGUUUUCAAAGGAUAACCAUAAAAUGUUCACUUGUGAUUAUCAGGGAAUUAAAAUCUUUACAUAUUUUUUU